UUCCAAACAAUGGCACAUGAGGAGAAUGCAUCUGAACCACGGCCUAUUGAGCCCAGUGAUGACGAAGACGAACCAGAAAAUGACUUGUCGUGUGGGUCGUCAUCUUUUGGUGAUGAAGAUGAGAGAAACCUGACAGAAAAUUCCGAAACAGAUGAAAUCGAGGAGGUUGUUGCUGCUGUGGCUGGAAUAAAUCCAUAUCAGUUCGAGCCAUACGCUUCCGACUCUGAGACCAGUGAAAACGAGGAAGGAGAAAAUCAUCAAGAAAAUAGACUUGAAGACAAUUCUUGGUGUUCUUGUGGAAAUUGUGAGGUGAUGCCGACAGCCAGAGAAUGCAUUUGUUGCAAUGAAGUGCAGAGGGUGUUAGAUGUCAAAAAUGAAGAAGACAUUUCCUGCAUAACACAACAUCCAGGAUUUUCACCAGUCUGUCUUGAUGUUCAUGUUUUGGGUGUUGCAUACUUCCAGUACAGACAGGAAUAUGGCGAAAGACCAGAACAGGCUAAUGAACGCAGCAGAUAUACUGCAUACAGGCAGUUUGUAAGAUGGUGCUGGCAAUUUCUUGGGAAAGAGGACAUUCCAGGGCCAGAAUUACACUGGUUUCCAUCAGGCUGA